AAGAGGAAGCGCGACAACAAGGCCAGCACCUACGGACUCAACUACAGCCUGCUGCAGCCCAGCGGAGGGCGGGCCGCGGGGGGCGGCCGGGCGGACGGCGGCGGGGGCGUGUACAGCGGGACCCCUUGGAAGCGGAGGAACUACAACCAGGGAGUCGUGGGUCUGCAUGAAGAAAUCAGUGAUUUUUAUGAAUACAUGUCUCCGAGGCCAGAGGAGGAGAAGAUGCGGAUGGAGGUGGUGAGCAGGAUCGAGAGCGUCAUUAAGGAGCUCUGGCCCAGCGCUGACGUCCAAAUAUUUGGGAGUUUCAAAACUGGCCUGUAUUUACCUACUAGUGACAUCGACCUGGUGGUGUUUGGGAAGUGGGAGAACCUCCCCCUGUGGACCCUGGAAGAAGCUCUCCGAAAACAUAAAGUUGCAGAUGAGGAUUCGGUGAAAGUUCUGGACAAAGCAACUGUACCUAUUAUUAAGUUAACGGAUUCUUUUACUGAAGUGAAAGUUGACAUCAGCUUUAAUGUACAGAAUGGUGUGAGAGCAGCGGACCUCAUCAAAGACUUCACCAAGAAAUAUCCUGUAUUACCAUACUUGGUUUUAGUAUUAAAACAAUUCCUAUUACAGAGGGACCUUAAUGAAGUAUUUACAGGUGGAAUUGGUUCUUACAGCCUCUUUCUGAUGGCAGUCAGCUUCCUCCAGUUACAUCCCAGGGAAGAUGCUUGCAUCCCCAAUACAAACUAUGGUGUUCUCUUAAUAGAAUUUUUUGAAUUGUAUGGACGACACUUCAAUUACUUAAAGACUGGCAUCCGGAUAAAGGAUGGUGGUUCAUAUGUGGCCAAAGAUGAAGUACAGAAAAAUAUGCUGGAUGGCUACAGGCCGUCGAUGCUUUAUAUUGAAGAUCCUUUACAACCAGGUAAUGAUGUUGGAAGGAGUUCCUACGGGGCCAUGCAGGUGAAGCAGGCCUUUGAUUAUGCCUACGUGGUUUUGAGUCACGCUGUGUCACCCAUAGCAAAGUACUAUCCCAACAAUGAGACAGAGAGCAUAUUAGGUAGAAUAAUUAGAGUAACGGAUGAAGUCGCCACAUACCGAGACUGGAUAUCAAAGCAGUGGGGCUUGCAGAGCAGGCCCGAGCCCUCCUGCAACGGAAAUGGUGUUACCUUGAUAGUAGAUUCUCAGCAGUUAGAUAAAUGUAAUAAUAAUCUGUCUGAAGAAAAUGAAGCCCUUGGAAAAUGUAGAAGUAAAACUUCGGAACCUCUUAGUAAACACUCUUCAAACUCUUCAUCAGGUCCAGUGUCUUCGUCUUCCGCCACACAGUCCAGCUCUAGUGACGUCGAUUCCGAUGCGACACCAUGCAAAACCCCCAAACAGCUGCUCUGCCGUCCGUCCCCCGGGAACCGAGUAGGGUUGCAGGACGUGUCCGUGGAGGCCUCGCAGGCAGGUGGGAAAAUGCAGAGCACCCAGGCCACUGCCACGCCCGGCAACGCCAGCAAAUCACAGCACGGACCGGCCCGGCUCUUCCGUUCUUCCAGCAAAGGCUUCCAAGGUACAGCUCCAACCAGCCAUGGGGCCCUGAUGACAAACAAACAGCAUCAAGGCAAAUCCAAUAAUCAGUAUUUCCAUGGCAAAAGGAGGAAACACAAGAGGGACGCCCCCCUCUCAGACCUCUGUAGAUAGUCGGCGUGGUGCAAUGGACCGUCUGUGUGCAGUGACCUCAUGCCCAGGACAGUUGCCUGGGGACUCCUGGGACACGUUCAGGAGCCUUGCGCUGUCCACUUGUUGAUUUAGCAACUGUGUUUUUUCCCAGCUCGCCAUGGAAUGGAUCACGAAGACUGACAGCUGCAAAAACAAAAAGCACGCAAAAAAGGGGGGAGAAAAGGCUGCUCAUUUGAUAAGUCAUAUGCUACAACAGGGUCAUUUUAAGAUUUAAAGCUUGAAUGUAAAAUAAAUAUAUUUCUCAUUGGCUUUAUGCAGAGUUAGGGGGAAUAGUCGUCAGUGUGGGUGGGUGAUUGGAAGAAAAUGGAAUUUCAGAGGGUCGGGUGGGGGGAGAACAGGUCUCUCAUAGGAAGCCCAGAUUCCAAAGGGAAAAGUGAUCUGUGCAUGUGUUUUUUUAAAUAUUUUUGCAUAUAUUUACCAUUUUAUUGUGUGUAUAUAUAGAUGACCAUAUAGGAAAUUGAUAUUUGUAAUAGUGGAUUUGUUAAUACUUUUUACAUAACAUUACUGUUUAAAUUGUAUACAGAUUUUUUCUCAGGAUUAGUUUGCAAAAUAAUCUGAAUUGUCAUCUUAACAUCCACACGUAGGGGCGUGACUAGUUCUCUUACUCAAUUUGUCCUUGGCAUUGAAAUGACCUGGUAGGACCCUCGUGACCUGCUGCUGCAAAAGUGUUUCCUCCCUCAAGAAAAGGUUUAUGGUGGCAAAUGACAUUUAUUUUAUUUUGUACAAACAAAUAUAUAUAUAUCCGUACUGUGUACUUUUGUGUAAACACUGAAAAAUCUCUAGUCAUCUCUGAAAUUAACUUGCAGUCAUUUUCAAUAGUGCUGUCGUCUUGGGCAGUGGGCAAGUACAUGACUUCGUGUUUGUUUCCUUUGCCGUCUUUUUUUUUUUAAAAUAAUUUCUCAUAGGGAGAAAGGCCACGUGUCUGUCCCUCCUGUCGCAGUGAGCCCUGCGCUGCACAGACUGCAUGCUGGCGCCUCUCGCCCUGUGUGCUGCGUGUGCUCGUCUCUCAUCUCUUUUUAAAACUCAUGCUUAACUACUGUGGGAGAGAAACCUGUCAACAGCUUUAAUUAAAUCAUACUUAUAAAAAACUAUUUUCUUAUACUCCACUUUCUGCUUUUGGUAUUGUUGAUCUUUCAGAAUGAAAUGGUCUUUGAUAAUGGGUCUCUUUUGUAUUGCCUUUUAAGACCAAAUACUUCUUGUCAUUGCAUUCUCUGUCCUCUCCUUCCAUGGAAUUGUUACCUUGAAUUAAAACUUUUUUAAACAUUGGCUUGUUUCAAUCAUACUGUAAAUUUUGGUUGUGGUCAGCUUUGAGUGCAAACGAGAUGUACAAUUCUGUUCUUCGUCACCUGUUGAGUUUGGGAAUGUUUACUAUGAUCGAAUGUAAGUGAAUUUCUGAAAUUGCUCUCUGUAGGUGAAAGCUCUUAUGUUCAGCAUCAGUGUGUGUGGCUCUGCUCAUUACAGCCGUUUCUGAGAUGAGAUUCUUUUAUAAAUAUAUACAUAUAAAGUACUGUUGGCUUUUAGGAAUUUCUUUUAUAUACAUUUAUGAAAUACUGAAGACCAAUCAGACCGUUAAUGGACACUUAGUGCAACUUUUUAUAAAGAAAAUAAUGCUAAAGUAAGACCAAAACCGAUGUCAUACCUGAAAUCAACAAUUCAAUAUGUUCGUAUUUUAAUUCACAACUGAAAGAUAUGUUCCAGAACCGGAAACCACACCCGUGUAACCCAUGCAAGAUUUUAAAUGUGAUGUUACUUUGACGAUGUUUUAAAUUUUAGAGUCACGUUUUAUUCUGAUCAGAAUUUUUAUCAAGGUGUCGAGCUUUUGUUUUUUGAAACUAGUUUGUCAUACAUGUUGUGUGCAUAAUCACAGUAUUUAUUUUCUAGGACUAUUGUGAAUGUGUAGACUUAUGUUUACUGCUAAGGGAACAAUUAUUUAUAAAAUAAAAUUAAAUUCAGUGUUAGCUGCCUACUUCAGACAACACUUGCAGAGAUCCAUGUCACGUUGACCACACUAAAGUUUUUUUAAAAGAAUCACCCUCAUUGUCGAAAGUGAAUGUACUCUUAGGGUGCGGAUAUUAGUGUUCCAAUAAGCAUGUGAUUUUAUUAAAGGUGGUGGUAGCGGGAAGAUAAUCUUGAUUCCAUUGGGAAUCUUAGGUUUUCGUAAAUUUAUUGGGAAAAUAGUUUUUCCUGUACUGCUGACGUUUCUUUUUGGUAAACAGUAUCUUUCUAAAAGAAAAAGCAUGAAGGAGAAUUGAGGCGUGUACAUUUCCUCAAAUGACCAGCAUUGUAUUCGUGAAUACUGUGUAUCUUGCAAUGAGCAGUGUGGGAACUGUUCAUUUUCCAACCCGAAGUAAAAUACUUUCAAGAACUUUCA